AUGCCCCUCCCACAAGGCGCACCUCGCAUGAUUGAGCGCCGCCAUGUCUUUGGCGUAUGUGAACAAGUAAAAGAUGGAUUUCAAUACUUGGACGAGAACAACGUAUUAUGGGUAUCUGGAAAGAGUCUCGUUAUUUUGGAUAUUCAACUGGGUACACAACAGCUGGUUUCUUGUACGCCGAAUUGUGAAACCGUUACCGCGUUAGCGGCUUCUUACAAUCGACGUUUAAUAGCUGUUGCAGAGGGUUCCAAACACCCUUCAAUUGUUAUUUAUGUAUGUGAUACAUCUGGUAAUCCUAAAGUAAGAAGGAAAAAAGUUUUACAGGUGCCUGAUCUUGGCUCUACAGAGUAUGUAUCCCUCUGCUUUUCUCAGGAUGGACGACAUUUGGUAUCUUUAGGUGGAUCCCCCGAAUGGAAUCUUGUUUACUGGAGUAUAGAAAGAGGAAAGGUAUUAACCUCCUGUUCUGUACUGGAUGAUGGGGAUCAACUCUCACCUGAUCCGCGUUUACUUAAUCAAUGCAGUAUUUGCCCAAAUGAUCCUUCUCUCGUUUGUGUCUCUGGUCAUGGUUUGGUAAGGUUUUUCGCUUUACGAGAGAAUCAAUUACGACCAACCUCCGGUGGACUUCGGGAACCUGUAACGAAUUAUCUUGCACAUUUAUGGAUUCCAUCAGAAAAUCGACUUAUUUUAUCUACAGAAAGUGGUGAUCUUGUUUUAAUGGAAAAUAAUGAAUACAAGUACCCAUUACCACUAUCUCCAUCUGAUGGAAUUUCCAUUAAUACUCUUGUAGGAUAUAGUAAAGGUUUUAUAUGCGGAGGAGAUAUGGGUCUUAUUAGUAUAUUUGAAAGAACAGAUAAUAAAGAGAUGUAUCGUAAAGUGCGAACCUUUAAAUUUAACAGCGAUUCAGAAAAUAUGGGAGCACCAAGUGAAACUAUUCCUGUUAUUCUUGCAUUUACACUUUCUCCACCACCUGCUGAAGAAUAUGUUUCUUUUAUGACAAGUACGAAACAAUUGUACUCUCUUAACCUACCCAAUGCUGACUUUUUUAAAUCUGAUGAACGAGUAUUUGAACCUAUUGGACAACCUUUUCAUUCAGGACCUAUUGUUGGAGUAGAUGUUUGUGUUCAACGUCCUUUUGCAGUUACUGCAGGACGUGAUCGGUGUAUAUUUCUUUGGAAUCUCAUAACUGGUGUUGUGGAGUUUCGUAAACGUUUCCCAACAGAUAUUUAUAGUAUAGCUAUGCAUCCAUCAGGUCUUCAUUUACUUGUGGGUCUUGCCGAUGGUCUUCGAAUGAUGAAUUUAUACAAUAAUGACAUUAGAGAGUUCAAAAACAUCGGAAUUCGUUCUUGUAUGGAGUGCCGAUUUAGUAGUGGUGGUCAGUUUUUCGCAGCAGUUCAUGCAACUACAAUUCAUGUUUAUUUCACCUAUACUUGUGAACUUUUGGGUCAUUUACGUGGUCAUAGUGGAAAAGUGAGAAGUAUUUACUUUGUACCACCAGAUGAUACUAGAUUAGUUUCUGUAGGUCUUGAUGGGGCAGUGUAUGAGUUUAAUCUUUGUGAUUUCCACAAAGUAAAUGAUAAUGUACUUAAGGCAAUGAUGUACAAUUGUGCUGUGGCUGAUGUAGGAACAAUAUGGGCAGCUGGUAACGACCGAAAACUUCGUCAAUUUGAGCGUACGAAAUUACAACAAGUUGGAGAGUAUGAUUUACAAAAUGCUUCUUUAUACUCUAUGGCUAUUAGUUCUAAACUAAAGUUGCUCAUUGGUGGAUGUGAAAAUGGUACAGUUCGUGUUUUCAAUACUUAUCUUGCGGAAAAAUUAUCUGCAAAUGAACGAGAACGAGAAAAUACGGAGGGUAUUAUGAUUGAAUCCCACAAUGCUCAUGCCGGUAUUGUAAACUCUCUUGCGUUAACAUUUGAUGAAUCUAUGGUGAUUAGUGUUGGCGAAGAUGGAGCUGUGGUUUUCUGGAAUGUGGUAGCCCCAUAUCGUGGACCUCACAAGGAAAUUGAAUAUUCUCGUGAGUUAUUUAUGGCCCGUAGUGAUUUAGAGGCAUCUACACAAAAAGUUGCCGCACUGAACGCUGAGGCGAAUGAACUGAAACAGCGUAUGCAACAACAACAGAUGAAACGUGAUCGGGUUCACGAAGAGCAGAUUGCUAAAUUAGAGCGAGAGUACGCAGAGGAAAAGGCGCAGCGUCUCGCCCAGUAUGAGGCGCUCAAGUCCGAGAAGAAUGAACAAGCGAUCAAGUUUACAGAGUUUAUGGUGGAAAUGGAGAAGAAAGAAAAGGAAGAUUUACAACGUACAAAGGAAGAUUACAGCGCAAAAAUAGAAUCACUUCGUGAACGCGCAGAUAGACUACGACAAUUAUUGGAAGAACGAGAAAGUGCACAUGAAGCACAAAUGAAAGAGAUACGUGAAAAUGCCGCACGUCUGCGUGAAGAAGACAAGGAAAAUCAACGUCGUAUUAUAAGUGAAAUAGAUGAAAGACAUCAAAAACUUCUUAUGGAAAAAGAAGAGGAUGAAAAACUUACAGACAAUUACUGUGAGAUGAUUGAGGAAGACACCGAUGUAGAGGUUGCGGCGUUAAAAGAAAAUGUUGAAAAAUUACGAAAGGAACAAGAUGAAGAAAUUUCUUCCUUACGAGCUGCUAAUGACGCCUUACUAUCACGUGAGAAUAUUAUAAAGGCCGAUUUGGAAGCCACUAAAGCGGAGGUUCGUGAAAAACUCCGUCAACAAGGGAUUUUGGAGUCACAAAUAGAAGCCGCUAAAAGAGAUAUUGAGGCACUCACACACGAAUUCAGAGAUCGUGGAGAAACCAUAGCUGAAAAAGAAAGGCGUGUCUUUGAUCUCAAGAAGAAAAAUCAAGAACUGGAGAAGUUUAAGUUUGUGCUAGAGUACAAAAUAAAGGAACUCAAAUCACAGAUUGAUCCCCGUGAUGAGGAGAUUCGACAAGCAAAGGGACGACUUGCUGAGAUGGGAAAAGAAGCCGAUCAGUAUACCCACAGUAAUGAACACCUUGUUCUACAAAUACGUAAUCUGCGUCAAAAGAAGGCGGGUCAACAAAAAGAACUUGAGAAACUUGCAUCGGGAAUGCGUGGUUUCGCAGAGUAUCAAUCACGACUUUGGACAGAACUGUGUGAUCUACGUGAUGAGGAAAACCCACGUAAACUAAAAGAGUCGGCGAAAUUACUCUAUGACAAAUACACUUCCAAUAAAGCGGUUGCUGUUAGCCGAUCACUCUCUUCUCGUACUGCUGCAGAUGAGGUACGGGAGUAUAAUCGUGAACGUGAUCAUCUGGAGCGGAAUCUUGUUGGACUAAAAAAUCGUGUGAACAAGGAUGCAGAGAAUAAUCGUGGCGACAAGUACCGUAUCACCAGUGAAAACGUUAUUCUCGUUAAAGAGAUUAAUGACCUACGCAAGGAGGCACGUUUACUGGCUGCUAAAGCGGGUGUUUGGCGCACCACAGAUCCCUCUGGUGCUUCUGCGUAUGAAGAAGAUACAGCGCGAGAGAUUGCAAUGCAGCGGGCGGAGUUGGCUCGUCUGCGUGAGAUAGCAACAAAGCUGGAGGAAGAGGCCCGUUCAAAGGGCAUUACAGUAAAACCUCCUACACUGUAG